GUUUCCAUGUAUGAAAGUUCGUGUCAAGCUAGCAAGUGGGAAAUUGUUUACGACCACUGCAAAAUCCUCGUUGCACCUGUCUGGCCUAAUCAGCGCCUAUAAUAACCAGUGCAAGAUUCUUCAUUUCAUUUGAAGCAAAGUUAGCGAUCGAGUUAUCAUACUCCAAGCAUUUUGAGUUCGGACUGACUGUCUACCAUCCUCAAAGAAGUACAUAGCAAGCCUAUCAGCCUUAAACUCACUUAUCAAAAAUGCCUCGCUCAUUUUUAAUCAAAAAGAAGGAAUUCAAGAAAGCCAACAGCACAUACUUCGGUAAGUUCUCAAUUUUUUGGUAAUAUUUCUAUUUUUCAAAACCAUAUUUAUGAAGUGCGUUCUAGUUGUUAGCGCUUACAGUUUUUGUUGGUUUUAGUGAAGGGGAGAAAGGUAAGAGUUCUUGCAAAAAAGAUUUUGAAGACUGUAAAAGAAGUAUUUAUUCCAGAGAGCAGGCUAGUGAAAAAUACACUCAAAUAUUUCCUAAUUGCCCAUUUCACUUUAUUAGAACUGACAAUUUAUCAGGUUAAAUACAAGUAAUAUCUGAUGGCUUGUUCGAGAUUUUCUCGCUUUUUUGCACCCUUUCAUCAGAAUUUACAAUAGAGACGACACUAUGAAGUCCUUACACUCAAUUUACAGCCCAAUUUUUUUUUCGAGAAUUCUUCUUUUCUUUGUUGUGGAUUUUAAAUACGAUCUUGCAACCCGUAAACUACCUGGAGGGUCUUUCAGUGGAUAUUAAAACCCAAUCAUUUUCGGCAACAGGGAUAAACGUGCCUUUAAAAAGUUUUAUGAUGCAACGAACGUUUACAAAGAGUCAACAUAGAGAAAAAAACCAAAAUUAGGUAAAGGAAAACCGCAAAGGAAAAAACAAAUCCGUCAAUUAGUCUUGUUUUGCGACUACCGAGUAGCUCCUUGCUGGACCUGAAUUAUUAAUAGGAGGUGUACAAACAGCGAUGAGAUUUUCUUCCUUUCUACGCUUUGGCGAGGUAAAACGCAUUUUCUCAAUAAAGGUGGACUUUUAGGGAUUUAAUUCUUUCGAUGUUUCAAGUUAUUCAGAGAAUAUGCCAUUGGCUAACGUGGGAGGCAGUUAUCUAUUUGGGACUAAACAUGCAACGAAGCGAGUGAGCUUUUGUUCUUCGUUAACUCGGUAAAACAUUUUCUCCAGGCUAGAUUGUCGGUUCUCUAAAGGUUUACGAUGACGAGAAUUGUUUUCAGCUCAGUUUUGUGGCUUGCUGAAAAGCCGUCGGAUUAAAACUGCUGUUUAAAAGCGUCAAGGAAGAAUUUGGUGGUUUUUGAUGACUUUUAUAAAAUGGUAUUUUGAGCCAUUAAAGAUUUAUUGAAUCUUUAGAACAGUACGUGUUCAAGAUUGAAUUGACGAGCCUAAUAUUUUCAAGAUAUAUCCGUUUUCGGCAGUAAGUUACAAAAAAGCUGCAAAACUUCAGUUCAGAUUUUGUUCAAGGAAGACAAUACAAUUGCGACAUGCAAAAACGAACGCUAGUCUCAAAUAAAGCAUUCAGAUAUAUAAAAUAAAGAAAGUACGACAUAUUUACUGUGGUGGAGAAAUUUAAUUACCACCUUCAGUACAAUGUAAAAGAAAGUGUUAACAGAAUUCAGGUUAUUAGCAGCUUCACUCCAAAAUGCGUCGCUAAUAAAAUCUAUGUUAAGCCCACUAACACCACCACUCGGCAUUAAAACCACUUGGCUUACGCGCCAGCUACAAGCGCCAUGAUUCCAAGCUGUAUUGGCGUACUUUGCGUAUGAUAAAGUGAUGAAAUAUGUAACAAGUUUUGUUUGUUGCGGUUCAUUUUGUGGAGGAAACAGUAUAGUAGUACAGUAUUUGAUUGUCACUUGAGUAAACGUGCUGAUGAAAAAAAGGAUAACAAAUUGUGAUUUUUUUGAAUUGUAGAUAAUACCGAAGAUACUCCCCCAACAGUGGCGUCUACUCAAGCUGAAUUCUAUCGCAUAACCUCACCUUUCUCCCAGCCAUUGGUUUUCACAAAUGCAGAGCCUCAUAUUAUCUCUGCGAGUAGAGAGCUUAAAGGACAAAAUGGUUUUCAUGCCGAGAAAGAACAAAGCCGAGUCAGUACUUGGAACAGAGAGGAAGGUGGCUCUGAUCCAGAGCGUUUAGCGGAUUUUUCGUCGAUGAAAGAAGAAAAAGAUGUGGAUUCCAGUGGAACGGAGAAGCCCUACACCUGUCAGCACUGUAGUAAAGUAUUCACGCGCUCAUGGAACUUCCAACGGCAUGUUCUUAUUCACACUGGUCAGAAGCCUUACAAAUGUCAAAAAUGUCCAAAAGCCUUUGCUCUUGCGGCGCAUCUGAAGAUUCAUAACCGAAUCCACACAGGUGAAAAACCAUACACGUGUAAUAUCUGCUGCCGAGGGUUUGCCCAGCUGACCAACUUACAGCGCCACAUCUUGACGCACACGGGCGAGAAACCACACAAGUGCCAGUAUUGCCCUAAAGCUUUCGUGAGUUCAAGCGACCUACGAAGGCACGUUCGAAUCCACACCGGGGAAAGGCCGUACAAGUGCAAGCAGUGUUCCAAGGCUUUCACAACGUCUGGCAAUCUGCAGUCCCACAUCCUCACCCACACGGGCGAGAAGCCGUACAAGUGUAAUAUCUGCAACUGGAAGUUUAUCAGCUCCAGUAAUCUUCGCACGCACAUUCGCAUACACCAUGCCUACUACUUGGAGAAACCUAACGCCGCCCAUCAACCUGAGCAGCAGGGCUUAAACAACAGGCUUGUUCCUGAUACUGUUACAGAACAAAUGAGGGAAAAUAUGCCUUUCAAAAACCUAAUAGAAUCUCAGAGAGAACAAGUAUAUUAUUAACUGUAAACGCACGCGUCAUGCUC